AAUUACUUGACAACAGGCAGCAACUGUUGCUCACUUUGACAACUACAGUACUGGACGUCACCCUCCCUCUCUUUCACGACUAGCCACUCGUUCAUUACUGUACUUACUACUUUCCUUCAGUCGGAGCCGAAAUGUUGUUCAGUCCGACCGGUGUGUCGGAGUGUUUUCGCGAGUGGAGAGAUUUAGAGAAGGACUAUCAACAAAUUCAGGACACACAUCGGCUGUACAGAGUUAAGCUCGAGGAAGUCACCAAAUUGCAGAACAGCUGCACGUCCGCCAUCUCACGUCAUCGGAAGAAGCUGAAAGAGCUCUUGUCAUCGCUUGAACAAUGCAAAGUCAACCACCUAGAGCAAAAGCUAAGUCUGGAGCAAAUGGACUCAAUCGCCGACAUCCAGGUGGAAAUCGGCGAGCGAGCCGAUGCCUUUUCUGAGAUGGAAGCCUUUCUGCCAAAGAAAAACGGGCUAUACCUCACUCUCGUUUUAGGAAAUGUCAACGUUACACUCCUCAAUAAGCAGUCAAAAUUUGCCUACAAGGAUGAAUAUGAGAAAUUUAAGCUUAUUCUCACUGUCAUCCUCUUCCUCUUUUCCUUCACAUGUCGCUUUUUAUUCAGCUACAGAGCAUUGGACGCCCUUUUCAACUUCCUCCUGGUGUGGUACUACUGCACGCUCACCAUUCGUGAGAGUAUUCUCAUCAAUAAUGGCUCCAGCCGUUCACAGCCUCGCUGUCAUCUGCUUUCAGGAUACGAGGCUGGUGGGUGUUUCAUCACUACGUGUCGACCUUCCUUUCAGGAGUCAUGCUCACGUGGCCCGAGGGGACUCUGUACCAAAUGUUUCGGAACCAGUUCCUCUCCUACUGCUUGUACCAAAGUUUUGUCCAGUUUUUACAGUAUUACUACCAGAGCGGCUGCUUGUACAGACUCCGAGCCCUCGGAGAACGACACAACAUGGAUCUCACCGUUGAGGGUUUCCAGUCAUGGAUGUGGAGGGGACUCACCUUCCUCCUGCCAUUCUUGUUCUUUGGUCAAUUCUGGCAGCUCUACAAUGGCGUCACACUUUUCAAGAUGUUCCAGCUACCAGAGUGCAAAGAGUGGCAGGUGGCGAUGUGCGGCUGCUCUUACAUGACCCUGUUUCUUGGCAACUUCUUCACCACACUGGGGGUGGUCUACAACAAGUACAUGAUGAACCAAGACAAGCCCAAGUCCUUGUAGGACUUCAGCGUUUGUACCUCCAUUUUACUGUUACGCUUAUCUGCUCUCCUUGCGUUGUCACUCAGUGAGUGGCACUCAUCGGUAGUGGGAGAAUGUUACCCAAGUGUACUUCCUGUAGAUGUGAUUCAUCGGUAUGCGUCACAAAAGCAUGUGCACAGUUCCGUGGGGAAAACACUGGUGUCAUUUAGGAUUUGCUGAAUAAAUGCACUCCUGUACAAAUGGAAGCUUACACUUAAUUAAAUACGAUAGGGUGUUUUUAGUGCGCUGAAAUUGGAGUUGAGAAAGGGCAGCACACUGGAUUUGUGUGUGGCAUGAAUGCCUCAAACAUGAGGUCCUGGGUUAAGGAGUCAAGUCAUAGUUACAGUAAUAUAUUUAACCUGUACCUGUAGGUUGUAAAGAGCAAACAAGCAAAUGAAAAACAAUAACUAAGGAAGUAAAUACGGCGGUAAGUCGCCAUGGCAUUCUUUUCGAAACCAUAUCACGGGACCCUGCUGUAGUUUGUAAUAAAGUGCAGUGUACUAAAAUGUCCAAAAGAUGGCGGCAUUGAGACAGUUUCACAAUUUGGUCUCAUUGAAGCACAAUUGAUCCAAAUUUAAAAUUUUUGUUGUUAUCAGUCGGAGCACUACAUAAAGAUUAGCCAGCCAACCCCCCCCCCCUCCAAAAAAGUCCUUUAUUAAAAUCAAACUCGUUUUCAAUUGGAAUGCUUUCAAUUGUAGCUGUUUUUUUCUCAAGCAUUUGCCGUUUUUUUUUUUUUAACAAGUUGGGCACACAUUCAUAUGUAUAAAGUCACACCAGUGAUAUUCCUGUGCGGCUGCACACUACGUCCUCUGCUUUAUGAUUUAAACAUUUUCUUGAUGCAAAGACAUGAAAGGAGGCGAGAAAAGAAAAGGGGCGCCAUAAGAUCACAGGCAAACCACCGCUGAAAGUUUAAAAUGAAAAGCAGCUUUACACCCAAUUUGCUGCGGCGGAACUUCUGUAGAAGUGGAGGGGGGGAGGCGCUUGUGAAUGUAUGCGUGAGGGCUGGAGGGUGAGGUUGGUGGAGAGGAUUCUCUUGUGCCAGUUUGCUCCUUUCAUGUGCCUCAUUAGAAGCUGGAAGGGGAACGAGGAGCCCAAGGACAAACUGUAUGUAAGGGUUUGGGGGGGGGGGCUGCCAAAAUGGCUUCUUUAGCCUCAGGAUUGUUCACCCUAAUUUUUUUUAAACAAUCCAAUAUGUAGGUCAAUAUGCUAAGCUAUUAUUUACUCCGUGGAAAAUAAACAUUACACCACAGCUUCA